AAUUGUUCGAAAUGGAGGUUAGCACGGGUGACGUGGUGAUGCCGGGUGAUAAUUUGAAAGAUAUCAAGUCGAUCAAAAAGGAAGGCAAAAACGAGAGGGAAAACGUGAUCCUAGGACCUGGACUGCGCCGCGAAGGCGACAAAGUAUACGUUUGCAAAGCUGGUAUCCUGAAAAAACGUGAACCGGCCGUAUAUUACGUGGACAGUUAUCAGAAACGGUACAUUCCUAUUCGAGGCGAGAACGUGGUCGGUAUAGUGACGCAGAAAAGCGGCGAUAUUUAUAAAGUGGAUGUGGGUGGAAGCGAACAGGCAACACUCUCCUACCUGGCCUUCGAGGGCGCGACGAAAAAAAAUCGGCCCGACCUGCAGGUCGGCGACGUGGUGUACGCAAAGAUGUUGGUCGCCAGCAAGGACAUGGAGCCUGAAUUAGUAUGUGUGGAUUCUCAGGGCAAGGAGAACGAACUCGGUGUACUCAGCUCGGACGGCAUGGUAUUCACUUGCUCACUGAGCCUCGUGAGGAAAUUGCUCAAUCCUGAGUGUCCAUUGUUUAGGAUAUUGGGUCGGAGUCAGGCAUACGAACUUGCCGCUGGAAUGAAUGGCAGGAUAUGGAUUAAGGCGCGAUCAGUUCGAGAGACAAUAGCAGCAGCGAAUGCUAUUCUGGCUGCGGAAUACACACUACCUAGUGAAAUGCAAAAACUUUGUGCUAGAAUUGAGAAAACAUUGCUUCUGGCAGCAUAAUUGCAAUUCACUGGAAAGUUCACUAGACUUUCAAGUGUUGAGAUCAGAAAUAAUUAAAAAUAGAAUAAUAAAAAUAGAAUAAUAAAUAAAAAUAGAAUAAUAUAUUAGACUCAAAAAGAAGUUUUGGUAUUUUUCAAAUAAAAAAUAUAAAAGUUUUGAAGCCGAUUCUAUUUAACAUGUAGAGAAUAAUGAUCACUCUCUAUUAUCAAUGAUGAUUACAUUUAUUGUAUUAAUAUCUGUAAUGAAUUUUGUAAAUAAAUCUGGAAGUUUUCUUAUAAUGGAUAUUUUAUAUAAGAUUAUAUUGUAGCAUAACAACCACUGUGACAACCAUCCUGUGAUAGUAUAUUAAAACUAUAGAUACAAUUAUCAUUAAACAGUAUCAUUGUACACAUGCACAUCGACGGAAAUGAUGAAGUAUAAGGUGUUAGGCGCAAAAUGAUAUAAUUGAUAAUCGCAUUUGACAGUUAAGAGUAGGAGUAAAAGAACUUCACAGAAAAUUCAACAUUUAAUUUCGCUCUAACAAAAAGGAACGACAAUUUUCGAUGACAUUCGAAUGUUAUGCUAGUAAUCGCAAACUGUAUCAAUAUAUAAAGUACAGAGCGCUUAUGAUAAUUUUUAUUAUAAUUUUUCGCUGAUAUGUACCUAAAUGUAAUAACGCUUUCAUUGGUUUGCUCGAGAGAGCUGAUUAUAUAUGCAUAGUCUAGACAAUGAUUUGCACUCAAACACAACCUUUACGCUCUCUCUCUCUCUCUGUAGAAAAUUAUGUUCAAAAUGUCUAAUUCGUUUUUGCUUAAUCAAAAUUACAUAAGAGAUGUCUUUGUACUUGGUGGAAUGUAUUCAUUGCCAUCACUUUCUAAUUAAACAUAUGCGAGAAAAUCAUUGGCAAAACAAUCUAAGGAACAUUCUAAAGAAAUCUUUACUGUUUUAAUAAAAAAGUAAUAGAAUGACACACAAAAUUAUUAUCUUUAAAUAAAUAAAUAUAUACAUACAGCAUAUUUAAAAG